CGAGAAAACUUAGUGAUACAGCAAUAUUUUAUACAACAAAAAUAAAGUCUUUCCAAAACACGAUGUUAGAAGUUGUAAAUGGAUUCCUACUUGUUUACUUUUUAGUUUUGUGCACAAUCAGCGCCCUAGUCCCGACUAUAGUAAAACCUAUUGUAGCAUGUUUUUCGGGUGCAUCACAUGAAGAACGAUCGGCGUGGGCAGAAUUAUUAAAACUAAAAGAGAUACAAAAAGGUAUAUCAAUGAAAGAUGAGUUUGCAGCAUAUUCAAAAUUGCAACGUAAAAUCAAUAAACUGGAAUCUGAAUUGAAGGAAAACCGAUCUUCACGGAUGAGUAAGAGUUUGGCUAUAAUUGGAUCAGUUCACAUUGUGUUACAGGUAGUUGUUGCUGUAUUUAUUUUGAUAUCAGUAAUUUGGUUUAGAAGAGAGCCUAUAGUAGCAUUGAAAGGAGACCUUUUCCCUCUCUCUACUGUACUCCGAUACCCUAGUGAUAUGCCAAAUGCUAUUUCUACUCAUGUGUGGGUUUUGAUAACAAAUUUGUCUGUUAGAACAUUAUUGAAACCAAUUUUAAGCUAAGAAAAUAAAAUAUAAUAAAAGUUUAGACAGUUUAAAAACAAAAAGACUGAUUGGAGCACACUAGUACCAAUUUGUAAAAAUGUGUAAGGACCGAUCCAGAUCUGGUGAAGUGUUCAGACUGCAUACCUGCAUAUAGGCCACAUUGCAAGUAAUUUGAGCAUCUCUUGAGUGGGUCCAAACAUCCAUUCACUAGAUCUGAAUGGAUCCUAAAAAUCAAUAUGCUCAUUUACUCAUUUUCAUGCUAAUAUUUCCCUUCUAAACUAAGGGAAGAAUUUUGUAUUAAAAAUUGUUUAGUAUUUAUAACUAAUUGAUGGAUUGAGGCAUUAACAAUUAAUUCAAUGAACA